AUGCGAGGUUUCAUAUCGUCCCUGGAUGGCACAACACAAGAAAACAAACUGCGUUUCAUUCAGAACUUCAAAUGGACUGACACUUUACAGGGAAAUAUUGCAAGUGCCCAGCAGGAUGCUAUCUUUGAUCUGGUUUCCAUGGAGUUUAACGUAGCUUUGUGGCAUACCAAAUAUGCCUCCAGACUAGCUGGAAAGGAGGAUAUAACAGUGGAUGAAGCAAAAGAUGUGCACAGAAGCUUGAGGAAUGCAGCUGGAAUCUUCAAACACAUUAAGGAAGGUGAAGUAAGCAGGCUUGUUACAGCACCUGAGAAAGGAAAGGAUCUUGAAUCACGGGUUCUAGAUACCUACAUCAUUCAGUGUCAAGCUGAGGCUCAAGAAGUGACCAUCGCAAGAGCCAUUGAAUUGAAGCACAACUCUGGUCUGAUUGCAGCUCUGGCCUAUGAAACAGCCAAUUUCUAUCAGAAGGCUGGUAAGUUAACACACGUUUUCUCUCCUAUUUGUGCUCUCUCAUUCUUAUUUCUACUCUUGCUUGUAUUAAUUCUUGUGCAUCUUUCUUACACAAAUAGCAAUUGAGAUCUGCAGAGAUUCAGUGGUCCCUUGUGUGAUAGCA